AUGCAAACCUGGCGGUGCAGCGCCUCGCAGUCGAACGCGACGGCCUGCAGUCGGUACAGCUGGUGCGAACCUGACGGUGCAGCGCCUCGCAGGCGAACGCGACGGCCUGCAGUCGGUACAGCUGGUGCAAACCUGACGGUGCAGCGCCUCGCAGGCGAACGCGACGGCCUGCAGUCGGUACAGCUGGUGCAAACCUGGCGGUGCAGCGCCUCGCAGUCGAACGCGACGGCCUACAGUCGGUACAGCUGGUGCGAACCUGACGGUGCAGCGCCUCGCAGGCGAAAGUGA